AUGGUUUCGAUGCACGGGGACCUCCGGCAUCUGCUGCCGAGCAACUACAAGCGAAUGAUUGCCUCUUGGCUGGAAGAGGACUGUCCGAGUUUGGACUACGGCGGCUUUGUGGUGGGGGAGUCGGAGGGCGAGGCGCGGUUGCUGGGGAAGAGCAAGGGUAUCGUCGCCGGAGUCCCGUUCUUCGACGAGGUGUUUUCGCAGCUUGGUUGCUCUAUUGAAUGGCACGUCUCCGAAGGCGACAGCCUCUCCCCCGUCCAACAUUGCGCCACAGUGCGCGGACCCAUCCGCAAGAUCCUACUCGGCGAGCGCGUCGCCCUCAACAUCCUAGCACGAUGCUCCGGCAUCGCCAGCAGAAGCGCAUCAAUGGUAUCCGCACUGCGCGCACAAGGCUGGCAGGGGACAUUGGCAGGGACGCGCAAGACGACGCCCGGGUUCCGCAUCGUAGAGAAGUACGGCAUCCUGGUAGGCGGCGCAGAUCCGCACCGGCACGACCUGAGCUCGAUGACCAUGUUGAAGGACAACCACGUGUGGGCGUGUGCGAAUAACCGGGCCGCAGCGGACGGGGGCGCCGCCGGCGACGCCCCGUCAAUGGCGUCCAUCGCUGCGGCGAUCCCGCGCGCUGUGCAGGCGGCCAAGGCGGCGGGCGGCUUUGCGACCAAGGUCGAGGUGGAGUGCCGCAGUGUUGAGGAGGCUAAUGCGGCUAUUGGUGCUGGGGCAGAUGUCAUUAUGUUGGAUAAUUUCACGCCCGAUGGGGUGCGUGUUGCUGCGCGCCAGCUGAAGCAAGAGUGGGCAGGCAAGCAGCGCGCGUUCUUGAUUGAGGUUAGUGGCGGCUUGACGGAGGAGAAUGCGGCGUCGUAUGCUUGUCCCGACGUUGAUAUUCUGUCUACGAGCUCGAUCCACCAGGGCACGGGCAUUGUGGACUUUUCGCUCAAGGUCUCGCUGCGCUAG